AUGGGUAUUCAACGCGGUGACCAUAUCGCACAGGCGAACUCAUCAAGUGCCACAGAUGACUUGAUCCAACAAUUUGGGCAACUCCAUGUCCUUGAUGAUUUGAUUCGACUUCGGGCGGCAGACAUGGUCCAGCAUCCCAUCCUCGCGUACCCCUGUUCAAAAACAGACUCCCCGACCGCGAUAUACGAAUACUAUACUGGACGGGAUUUGGACAACAUGAUAGACCAGGCGGUCACCUGCUUAAUGAAUGAUGGCUUUCAGCCACCUAAAGGCAAUGGCGCAACCGUCGCCGUUCUCGCCCUCUCCGACAUCAGCAUGGUGAUCACAUUUUUUGCUCUUAGCCGAUUAGGCUACACCGUCAUGAUGCUCUCACCAAGGCUAUGUGGAGAGGCGUGUGUGGCCCUUCUCGAUACCGUCGGCUGUGGGACAAUUAUCUACGGGAAUACCCCCAGCAUCCGGGCCACAAUGGGCGAUAUAUUUCAGAAAAAGCUCGUCAGUUGUCGUCCGAUGCUUUCCAAAAGCAAUCUUGACGAUACUGAGGAAACUUCAAUUCUUAUUCUGCACCGAAAUCGCCACUCCGAGGUUCAGUGCAACAGGAUAGCCCUUAUUCUACAUUCCUCGGGAUCAACAGGAACCCCCAAACCUCUCUUCCUCAGUCACCGAGCGUUGAUGACCCACCCUCUACGAGGUCUGGGUCUGACCUCAUUCAAUUCACUACCCUGGUACCACCUCCAUGGGCUUUCUACCGCAUUGCAGGCAAUGUGGAUGAGGAAGACGGCUUACAUGUGGGAUGCCGCGCUACCUUUGACUGCUGAAUUGGUGGUUGCUGCUCUGGAGGCGGCACAACCCGAAUUUGUGGCUGCUGUUCCGUACAUGCUUCAGUUGCUGGUCGACAACCCUCGCGGAAUUUCUGCCUUGCGUAAAUGCCAUCUGGUUACUUACGGAGGCGCACCAUGUCCAGACGAGCUCGGAGACUGCCUAGUGAGCCAGGGUGUACAAUUUGGUGGUUCCUUUGGACUGACGGAGGCCGGGUUAGUUGCUGAAUCAAUAUCACGCCCCAAGGGUGAUAUCGCCUGGGACUACUUAAAAUUUUUUGACAACAUCAGGCCGUACAUAUGGAUGAAGCCCCUCGGGUUGUCACUCUACGAGUGCGUUUAUCUGGCUGGCCAUCCAGCGUUGACCACUUCCAACUCCAACGAGCCCCCAGGUUCUUUUCAUUCAAAGGAUGUUUUCACCCCACACCCAACAAUUCCACACCGAUGGAAGUAUAUGUCGAGGUUGGAUGAUCGCAUCACCCUUGUCAAUGGCGAGAAAGUUCUGCCGAUUCCGAUAGAAGGUCACAUCAAACAGCAUUCUCUGGUCCAUGAAGCAGUUGUUGUUGGAGUCGGGAAGGCAACCCCGGGGCUUUUGAUCCUGCGAGCUGAUCAAUCGAUGCACCUAUCGGAAAGCGAGUAUCUUGAUACAAUCUGGCCGGUCGUCGAGGAAGCCAACGCCCGGUCAGAGCAAUUCUCACAAAUCUCUCGUGAUAUGAUUGCCACUUUGCCUUCCACAUCCCAGUUUACUCGAACGGACAAGGGAUCUAUGAUCCGUGCCCAGGUAUAUUUUCAAUACAAUGAUAUCAUCAACGGCAUGUAUACGAAAGUCGAACGAGCAGCAGAUGGAUACCUGACACUUGACUAUACCGGAACGAAGUCCUAUCUGAUGGAGCUCUGCUGCAAGGAACUUGGAGUUUCUCUCGCAAGCGUAGACGCCAAUUUUUACUCGGAAGGAGUAGACAGUCUGAAGGCGAUUCACCUUCGACGCUUGAUUCUUCGCCAUUUCAAUAUCGCGUCGGCUGACAGUCUGGGACAGAACGUGGUUUUCGAGGCUGGCAGCGUAUCAGGGUUGGCAAGAUACAUUUGCGCUCUGCAGAAUGGGAGAAACGUCACUUCUAUCAAAACCAGGACGGUGAUGGCUGAAUUGAUCACCAAAUACUCUGCGUUUCGAAAGCAUUUACCACGGCGGCCGAUCUCUUCAAGCGGAGAGAGCGUGGUUUUGACGGGAGCCACCGGAUCUAUUGGUGCACACACUCUGUUCGAACUUCUCAAUGACGAGUCUGUAUUGACAGUCUUCUGUCUCACUCGGCGUUCAUUACCGCAGGAAGCUGUCUUGCAGGCUUUAGCGGAGAAGAAUCUGGAUGCUUCGCCUGAACAGAAACAGAAGAUUAUGGCGUUAACUUGCUCCCUUGAGCAGCCAAAUCUUGGGCUUGAUGACCACAUCAUAAGCCGAAUGCAAAAUUCUGUGUCCCGGAUCAUCCACACAGCUUGGCCGGUAAACUUCAAUCUUCCCCUUACCCAGUUCGAGCCACAUGUCCAUGGGAUUUACAACCUGAUCCAAUUUUCUCUAUCUGUUCGGCUGCCUGAACCCGCCGUUAUGAUUUUUUGCUCGUCAAUCUCCACAGCCCUUGGAUCCUCCUCCGCUGAGGUCCAAGAGGUACCAACGCAGGAUCUUGGGACUGCCCUUGAUAUGGGCUACGGACAAUCCAAGCUUGUAGGUGAGAAGAUCACAAGUAUUGCACGGCAAUCGGGAGCGAAAACCUUUUCUCUCCGAAUUGGCCAAGUAUCCGGUCAUUCUAAGAAAGGUCUGUGGAACGACACCGAAGCACUCCCACUCAUGAUUCGGUCGACGUUGACGGUCCGGGCCCUCCCAGCCCUAGACCAAACCUGCUCAUGGCUCCCAGUGGAUACGCUGGCCUCAAUUAUUGUUGAGCUGACAAAUGCUUGCGCUGCUCCGAAUUGUAACUAUGGGACAAAUGGGGCAUCGAGCUCGAGAACAAUUGCGUACGUUGAUGAUUCAAUCUAUAACGUGUCUAACCCGCGCGAGUUUUCCUGGGCAUCAUUACUCUCAUCGCUCAAGUGUGCUGGAUUUCAUUUCGAUACGGUGCCAUUUGAGCAAUGGCUGGAGAUGCUUCGCGACAGCGAGGCAAGAGGAGAGGCGAAAGUCAACCCUGCUGUCAAGUUGAUCGGUCACUAUGAGGCCAUGCAUGGGAAGAAGAGAUCACAACGGCUGUGGCCAAAGAGAUUUGUCACUGAGAAAGCCGAACGUGACAGUGUUACUUUUCGAAAUGGUCGGUUACGGAUCAUUGAGGACGGCAUUUUGGAUUGUUACGCCCGUGAUUGGCUGACGCGUUGGGUUGUUUGA